GGGAAAGGGAUUUAAACCUUGGGAAAAAAACGCAGGGGAAGACCAAGACAUGUUGGAAAUUUCUCGCAGGGCCAAAAGGACGGUAUCAUCGAGUCGGAUGCAGCCAAUGGCACGUUGAUCCACAACUUUGUCACUCGCGUUAUUUUUCCCCCACUGGAGUUAUCUGCGAUCUUAAUGGGGAUCCGAUAAAAGCAGUCAGCCAUGGGCGGAUGUGUUGGAAGAGAGAGUGGGGACAGACAGGGCCAGGGGUCAUCCAGGAGCGGCGGAAGGACCCACAGAAAGCGUGGAGGGCGGAAUGAGCCCCUGAAGAAGGACCGGCCCAAGUGGAAGAGCGACUACCCCAUGACAGAGGGCCAGCUGCGCAGCAAGCGCGACGAGUUCUGGGACACCGCCCCCGCCUUUGAGGGACGCAAGGAGAUCUGGGACGCCCUGAAGGCGGCUGCAGUGGCCAUCGAGUGCAACGACCAUGAGCUGGCCCAGGCCAUCGUGGAUGGAGCCAGCAUCACCCUGCCACAUGGCUCUCUGACUGAAUGCUACGAUGAGCUGGGUAACCGCUACCAGCUGCCGGUGUACUGCCUGGCGCCUCCGGUCAACCUGAUCUCGGAGCGCAGCGACGAGGAGGCCCCAGAGAACCCAGAGCCGCAGCCCGCCCCCAAGAAGGAGUUCCAGCUGAAGGUGCGCCUCUCCACAGGCAAGGACCUGCGCCUCAGCGCCAGCAUGGCCGACACCAUCUACCAGCUGAAGAAGCAGCUGCAGGCCCAGGAGGACAUCGAUGCCGCCCACCAGCGCUGGUUCUUCUCCGGCAAGCUGCUCACGGACAAGACCCGCCUCCAGGACACCAAGAUCCAGAAGGACUUCGUCAUCCAGGUCAUUGUCAACCAGCCGGCCAUUCAAAACUGAGCUGGUAGGUGGGGGGGUGUGGCUCGAGGAAGAGCAAGGAAGAGUUGGACCACGCCCCCUGGGUGCCGCCACGCCCCUCUCACGGGAGGAAAAGGGUGCGAAGAAGGGAGAGACUCCAAAAUGCUGCUUUUUAUUUGUUAGAGUACACCAUUAAAGAGUGCGAUCAUUUAAUCACUUGACUUCUGUGUGUACUGGG